ACCCAGGAAAUACCCAAGAUGAAGUUCUUCUAUGGCGCUCUGCUGAUUUUGGGCACAGCAAUUAUUGCCCAGGCGGCUGUGGCCCGCUCCAACGAUGAGUCCAACCAGGAUGCCGUCCAGGAGUCCAAGUACCGCCUGUUCAAGCAGCCCUCCCACGGCGAGGCUCGCAACCUGCAGAAUUGGUUUGCCUCGAAGCAGCCCGCCUGUCCGCCGACGGACACGAGCACCAGUUCACCCUUCACCUCAACAUUCACCUUCCAGCCCACCGCACCCACCACCUCAACCGGCUAUACCACCAUCUACUCCACCCCGGACCCGGCCUCUAGCUCUCGCAAGCUGGGCAACGGCGCCAACAACCAGGAGCAGGAGGAGGACGAUGAGGAGCUCGACCAGGAGGAGGAGAAGUACCUGAAGGACCACGAUGACGAGCAGGAGGAUGAGGACGACGACAGCGAGGACGAGAGCUUCAAUCUGGCGGCGCCCAAGGCCUCCUCUUCCUCCUCGUCCGCCUCCUCGCUGCGCCGUCGUGGCAGCAGCAGCAGCACCUCCUCCGGUUCCGGAGCGAACAACGGCCUGUCCACCACCGAGCUGAUGCACCAGCUCGAGCUGCGCCGGCAGCAGGACCUCAACGAGCAGCUGCGCCAGCAGCUCGCCGACGCCAACCGCCGGGCCAGCGAGACCCGCCGCCGUGCCGAGACCAGCCGCCGCCGGAUGCGCAGGCAGCAGCAGCAGAGGCGCCGCCGCCAGAACCGCCGCAACCAGCAGCAGCGCCGCUCCCAGAACCAACGCCACCGCACCCAGCGCCUCCGCCAGCGCCGCAACAACCGACUCAACCGCCUGCGCCAGCGUCGCCGCGCCAACCGCCGCCGCAACUGA